CCUACACUUACACACACAUAGCCAUUGUUGAUAACAUGCCUAAAUCAUAAGUGUAAUCGUUAUCAGUGAUCAAAUAUAAAUUUAUUUUCGUUUUGAAUUAUUUACUAUUUGACAUAGACACAUCUGAGACCUUUGCAGUACACGGCCCAAAAUGGAUAUUGAGCGUGUAAACAUCUUUAAAGUUGCUCUAGCAAUCUACCUUGCAACAUUUGAAGCAACAUAUGCAUAUGUUGAAGUCAACGAGGGUCCUCGUGACAAAGCUGUGCUUUUUGGUCAGAAUGCUGAGUUAACAUGCCAUAUUCAUCAAGCUAGAUCGAAGCCUAACCACAUUGUUCAAUGGGUGGCCGACUCUAAAAGAACAGGAUUGGGGAAGCCUGUCUCAUAUAAUGAAAGAAUCACUGCAAAAGAUAUGCUCAAGAAGUUCUCUAUAAGUACUGCGAUACCGUAUAACCUACUCAUACAAGAUGUUGACUUUGAUGAUGCUGGAAAGUACAAGUGCAACAAUGUACGGAACGGUAAACCGAUAGGA